AUGGAACUGAAUAUAUGUGAACAAGAAACCGUAAAAUACUUGAUUUCACAGUAUACGGUUACUUCAGUGAUGGCAGGUCUACGUAAGGACACGAUCUAUAAAGAUUUUUAUGGUACCAUUGUACCGCGCUUAAAUUUCGAUGCUGAAAAGGCUGCUGAUGCUUUGCACGAAUCUAUGGUGGGAGUUGGAUGCGAUAAAUUGGCAAUCACAAAGAUUAUUAUUGAUGCAUCUAAUAGCCAACGACAGCAGGUUUAUUUUACAUAUUCUAUUGCUGAACGGCGGAGGAAAAGUCAGUGGGACAACUGA